UCAGUCUGCAGCAGCUCAAAUUUCAAGCUUUCCCCGGUGGUAAAAAGGCGUUGCCAUGGCCUUCACUAGUGUCGUAAAACUUCAUAUUCUGUUGCAAAGAGUUUCGCUGCGAGACUGCUUUGCGGCAGCAGAGAAAUCGAGGGGAAAGCAGUGCAAGCGUUGCCAGCGGAUACGUUACCGCCUCAAAAGUCCUCGGAUUUUCACCAUAGUCGGCAUUUUUUGUCAUAUAUAAAUUGUAUAACCUCUCGGUUUGUGGAUGAAAUCGUGUUUAACGUUUCCCAAGCGUGAAUCUCCACUUUAAUGCAGUGGGAUGGCCACAGUGCCGCCUGGGCCUGGUAACGCACUGCUUUCAUCCCCGGCUGCAGUUUCUCCUUUCUCCGGGGAAGGAAGCGCGGAGGCGGCGGUGGAAGACGGAGAGCAGACCUGCCACGAGGAGGACUGCGUUCCAGUCGGUACAGGGAAGACGUCACAACCGAAAAACGACGUUACAAGGUCGGUCAGGAAGAAGCGGAAAAGCAUGCUAGCUCAAGCUAGCCCGGCGGCGCUGCACCUGAAAGUGCAAGCCCGAGAACAGCAGCAGCUGAACGGCUUGGUCAGUCCCUCGGAGGACCGUGACAGCCAUCAGCAGGAGGAGAGCCGGGCUGACAAUCUCAGCUCGUCCGCGGACAACUGUGACAGCAGCGGCAGCGAGGGGACAGCAGCCGCGACAAAAAAUAAGGAGCACUGCCAACACGAAGGCCCCUUCUCCAAAAACGGCAGUCACUCUCCUCUGAUGAACACCUCCGUGAACGGUAUGCCGGGUUUAACGAGGACUGCGGCGACUCACGACCACACGCUGCCCCCGAGACCGCCCAGCGACGAGCCACCGGACGGCGACGGGCCCCACGGGGAGGUCAGCCUAGCUCAGCCGCUGGCAGCGGACCUGGCCCGGCUCGACCUGAGCGGCUCCUCCGACCGGGCGGACGCGGACAACCACGGCAUCUGCUACGUCCGCUACGAGUCUGAGCUGCAGAUGCCCUGGAUCAUGAGAUUAAUCACCAAGGACUUGUCUGAGCCUUAUUCUAUUUACACGUACAGGUACUUCAUCCAUAACUGGCCGCAGCUUUGCUUUCUGGCCAUGGUGGAGCAGGAGUGUGUCGGAGCCAUCGUAUGCAAGCUCGACAUGCAUAAGAAGAUGUUCCGCCGCGGCUACAUUGCCAUGCUGGCCGUAGACUCGAAACACAGAAGGAAAAGCAUUGGUACUAAUCUGGUGAAAAAGGCCAUCUAUGCCAUGGUGGAGGGGGACUGCGAUGAGGUUGUCCUGGAGACCGAAAUCACCAACAAAUCGGCCCUGAAGCUGUAUGAGAACUUGGGUUUCGUCAGAGACAAGCGGCUGUUCAGAUAUUACCUGAACGGAGUGGACGCGCUGCGGCUCAAACUGUGGCUCCGCUAGCGGCAGGCACACCGGACCGGUGGGGAGGGUGGGACGGGACUGCAGGUGCUGCUCACCUCUAACGCUAUAAGCUCCGCCCUGGUCACUUUGCUCCUACACACAUACACACACACACACACACACACUCGUUUUCUUCACCUCAGAACAACUGCUUAGGCAAACAAAUACUAGACUGAAAUGCCAACGAGACUUUUUUUUUUUUUUUAAUAAAGCUGAAUUUUGUGACGAGGACGAGCGUCUCCGGGGCGCUGAAACACGAGGACAAUGACCAUCCCGCAGUAAUCCGGACAGGAAACGACUCGCAGGACGCAAACGGGAAGGGAAAAAUAUGUCAACUUUAUUUUUGGGUUUCCUUUUUUAACCUCGCCUGUUUGGGGAGGAGGUUGAAGCUUAGAGGAUGUAACGCUUUGUGAUCUUUUAUUUUGUUAUUUUCUUUGCGCGUUUGCUUUUAAUUGACUUUUCUUUGGGGUGUUCCCGUUUUCCUGCUGUCGUUCCCGGGACUGAGGCCUGUGAACACAUCCUUGUUUUUAUUCCCACAUAAGAGCAGGUGGAAAAGUCUACCUACCAAGUCCUCGGUCAUUGCACCAGUCCACUCCAUAACGGCCUCCUUGGUGUCAUUUUAGUGGUUUAGGAAUAUCGUUUCUCCUCUAAUUCACUGCCAGCCUUUCAAAAAGUUUCCAGAAAUUCCCGUGUUUAAAAAAAAAAAAAAAGAGACUCCUUGCCAACAGAGGUGCCGUCAAAAACGUCUGGUAGUUUACUGGUUGCUAGUCUGAAUCCCGUCCAUUCUAAAGUGCCACUCGAUCCCAGCGGGCGCUGCUUCCUGUUAGUCCGCCUCCUGGAAAACCUGCAGAUGCCGGAGUCCCGUGUGCUGUGUCUUCAUGUGGAACUAAACUAGAUGAGAUUUUUUAGCAGAUUAUAUUUUAUGCUUUCGUUUGCUUUCGGUUUAGGAACAUUUUGGCGAGAACGUUGAGCGUUGUUCCAAUACACACUAAUUGGCCGAUAAGUAAUCGCCUUUAGACGAACAAGGUCAGACGCACCUCUCUGACAUCUGCUGCACGUGUGAGUGUGUGUGUGCGUGCACCAUCUCUAGGUGGAGCUCCGAUUUCCAAAGCGUCGGUUGUGUUUUAUUUUGUUUCCAGAACGAACAAAAGCAUCCACACACACCUUUAAUGACUCAAGAGGAUGAUUUAAAUCCCGGGUUGUCGUGUAAUUUCAGCCUCGUUAUCUUCCAAGUUAUCUAGCCGGAUGUUUUUUUUUUUUGUGUGUGUGUGUCGACAGUAUUCCGACAACGGUGCAAAACUCCGAACAAACCUUCAUGGUGCGUUUUAGCUGAAUGACACUACACGCUUUCGGGGUUUAUUCGGCCGAUCUGCCGCCACAUCGAUGGGGGUUUGUGUGUUUGCAGCAACAGAUCAGAUCACUUAUUUUACCUUUUGUCAGAUUUGUAUAAAAGUGUUCUAUUCAUGGAAUGUUUUGAGUGUUUUUUUUCUCCCCCCUCAUUGUUCUGGUUUGAGGCCGACUUGUUUGUUUUUCAGUUUCUGUGCUACUUUAACUCACCCAGAGGUGUGAUGUGAAGAUUUCAAAAACAAUCUGAACACCUUAGAGAUCUAAUAGCUGCUCAUCUGAAACAGUUCACACUGUUGGCGGGUUUUAAAUCCACUGUUUCCUUUGAUCUUUUUCACUGAUGAAGUCAAACCAGAGACUGUUUUAUCCGACUUUGGGAUCCCUCUGAAUCAGCUGUCUGCAGGAGCAGCUUAUUUUAUGUCUUUACACCCAUCUUCAAGGUGGGUUCUUGUGUAAAAGUUUCUAACAGUGACCAUCUUUUCCUGUUUUGGCACGAUUGAUGAGCUAACGGCUAGUCGAAGCGCUGCCAGGAUCAAAGCAGAUUUCUGCCACCAUAGAAGGGCUUCAGCAGCUAAUGCAAAUGUUGUUUUAUAAACAUUCACAUGGAUAUUUUGGCAGAAAUGUUUAGAAAUUCUACCUGGGCCUGUUAAGUUAUGAGAAAUGCCUUCAGACUAGCAGUUAGCUCAUCAGUCUAUCAGGGAUGAGCUAUAACCUUUAGACAGACGAGCUUCAGAAUGGCUAAAAGCAUUUUUUUUUUCCACCUCAGACUUAACUUUGUGGAAUUUAUGAAUCUUUACGGGCGUUGCAGCCGAGUUAUAAUCCAGAUUACAGAUUGAAGGGUUCCAUCGUUAGUGUUUAGCCAUAACUCCCCAGCGGUUUGAGUCCGUUUGGGCCUGACCGCAAGGGCAGUUCUGUUUUAAAUCCCCCCCAGAAAACGGCUCGUCACUCAGAUUUCUUUUCUUUUUUUUUACCAACAACACGACCGACCACACGGGGCUUCCUGCUGGCUUUGUGAUUCGGCCGGCGCCGCCUCCACCGAGAACCUCAAGGCAGGAAAAGGGGGCGAAAUGUUGAGUUUUGCAUGUUUGUUAUCUCUGUUCCUCUUCUACACCCCCGCUGUCUUGUCCUUUUUCUUUAAUCUGGAAAUGCUUUUAUUUAACGUGGGGAAAAGAAACACAGAAAUAAAUUAUUUGAAUUUUUUUAAUGCUGUAAAA